AUGAAUGGAAGCGGUGGUCCACGUCGCAGUGCCGCUGCCGCUGGUGGAAAUGGAAGCGGAGUCGGGGAACCCCCGCCAAUCGCCACCCUCGUUGUCUACAAGGACGUUGCCGGAUACGGGAUGAAGGUUUCCGGCGACAACCCCGUUUACGUUCAAUCCGUCAAGGAAGGUGGCGCGGCGGCGAGAGCGGGACUUCACUCUGGUGACAAAAUAAUAAAGGUGAACGGUGUCAACGUAAUGCAGUCAACGCACACUGACGUCGUCGCGCUGAUCAAAUCCUCGACGCAGGUGGUUCUGACGGUGCAACAGAAACCUGCAACGGGAUUACAGUCCCCCCUGACCGCCCACCAGAUCCAAAGGCCAGUCAGCUUGUCGGGCAGCGGUACAGGCAUGGUGUCUUUGCCUUCGCCCCCGACGUCGACGGCGCUCCACCGUGCCUGGACAGCCCCUGCACCCUGUGGAGCUGCCCCUUCGACAGCCCGGAUAACGGGCCCCCAGCCCGUUGAUCACGAGAAAUUACGACAGUUGGAAACGCAGCGGGUAAACACCUUCCAGCAAAUGCUGGAAACAGAACAACAAUAUCUUCAAAUGUUACGCGACAAUUUGGCGAAGGCUGGAGCUGGAGGAGGAGGAGAAAACAACGUUGCUACUUGGCAAACCGAACUUGUCGGGGCCGAAAGGCGGGUUCGCACCCUUCAGGAUCAGCUAACAGCAAUAACGAACAACGGUCAGCUUUACUCGUUGGUAACAAACACUCCGCCUUCCCCAAAACGUUACUCACCUCCCAGCGACGUGCCGCCACCUUUACCCUCCCGGAAAUCCCUCUCCGUGCAAAACCUCGCUCCUCCUCCGCUUCCUCCCAGACCUACACCAAUGUCAAAUACCCACAACACUGUCCAGUCGGACCUGGAGCGACAUCAGCUGACCCAUUUAACGCCCCCUGCCAACAGUCACGGUAUACCUACCUCUUUUUCUCAGGGGGCCAAUCUUGGCUCUGCUGCCCUAAAUAAACAUCAACGAACAAAGUCCAGUCCUGAGCAACUCGGCACGGCGAAUCUUCCGUGUCUUUCUCCUGCAGAAGCCAGCCGGCGUCUCAUUGCUUCCGAAUCUAUGAACGAUCUGUCACGAUCGAAAUUUGGCAGACAUAGCGGCAUCGAUUUGGACGAUCCACCUCAUAUUACACCGCCAGGCACUCCACCACCUCCUUAUCCUCAGUCCUCUGGAUCCGCUUCUGAUCACGGAUCCUCCACGAUAAACGACAGCAUGGGCGAGAGUUUUGUAACAGUUUCGCCUGUCCGACAAGCUGUACUCAAUGAGGGCAGCCCUGGUUUACCGCCGAUUCAGCAGCCAAUCAUGUCCAUGGAGGAUGACGAUAUGAGUGACCAAGAAGUGGGCCAGCUCGAAGAUCACGGUCCUUUCAAGUCCCUCUCGAGACUCUGGGAGCAUCACGCCCAUCUAGCUGUUUUUAUUAAUUACGUUCUCUCCAACAGCGAUCCUUCCAGUCUGUUAUUCUAUUUAAUAACGGACUUGUACAAGGAGGGAAAUGCCAAAGAGAUGAGAAAGUGGGCCUACGAAAUACACUCGAGCUUCCUGGUGCCUGGUGCUCCUUUGAGAUUGAAUAACGUUGACGAAAAUGUGGCGAGGGAGAUAGACGACGUUUUAUUGAAAGAAUCUGACAAGGAGGAAAUAUUGAGAAAGAUAUUCUGGAAGGCCAGAGCUCGAGCAAAAGAAGAACUAAACGAACAGCUGGCAGAUUUUCAACAGAAACGAACCGCCGGACUUGGAACUUUGUUUGGACCAAGCGACGCUCAACUGGACGAAAGUACAAACGACAAAGCGAGGGAGGCGCAGGUCAUCGACACUUUCCUUUUACCAAAAAUGGAGCCUUACCUGGACGAUACGGAGAAAGAGCGGGACGAGUCUCGCGAGUUGACAACGGCCGCUGGUCUCGCUACCAUAUUGACGAAAAUCUUCCAAGUACGAGUCGCCACUUUGGAUCGAUUUCCAACCUUCGUUUCCAAAGACAAGUCGAACUUCAAAGCUCGACUUCUCACCGGGAAAACAAGGAAACUCACCGUCCGAGGACACCAUUUCGUUGUUCAUCAGUACUACACAGUCACCUACUGUAAUCACUGUCAACUUAUUAUUUGGGGAGUCGGUCCUCAGGGUUAUCAGUGCAGCGAUUGCUCUCUGAACGUGCAUCGUCAGUGUGUUCAUGUCGUCGACGAAAAUUGCCCGGGUCCAUUGGUGGUCAGGAAAGAGAAGGGUGAUCGCAUCAGUAAAUUUAUAGGCAUAAUUCGACCUGAACGAAAACCACCAUCGUCUCACCACCAUCUUUCUCAGCAUUUUUCACACAAUCUUGAUCGAAUCAAAAAAUCUGAAGAUGACAGUGGCGUUCUAACGGAUGGAGAAAACGGGGAUCACCGAGCCGGUGGAUUCGGAACCGGAAGCGCUGGCGGUAACAGCGAACGAGGACGAGGCAGUUCCGGUUACGGAACGGGGGCGGAACACGCCGAGAGUAUGGACGACCCUUCCUCGAGGGAAGACAUCGCCGAAAUGUUGCAGCAAAAUAUUCCCAGUAAGCCAAAGACAUCAACUAUAAACAGGUCUGAAAGUUACAAGGAGCAGCGGAUACACCAAAAGCGACAGCGUGAGAAACGAAAAACCAGCGACCCGAAUCUCUCCAAGACAAAGGCUGGUUUCAGUGACUGCGAGGCGACGGGAACGUUUCCUGGUAAUUCGGCAGGCAGUUCAUCCACCAGCAGCUUGUCGACGAGGAGUCUAGACAGCUUGAACACCAGCUUGGAACAUGUCCAUCCCGUUGCAACUUCGGCCAACACGACUGCCUCCUGGGAUAGCGACGUCGACGUUGAGGCAGAUCCUCCGGACUGGAGCCAAGGCGUCGCUGAAGAUGUUCUUGCACGUCUUACAAACUCCGAGAAGAAGAGACAAGAAGUCAUAAACGAAUUAUUUCACACGGAGCGAUCGCACGUCAGAGCCUUAAAGGUCCUUUCGCAAGUAUUCCACAAGCCUAUGGUAGAGUCUCAGGUCCUACCGCAGGAUCAGAUUCUCCUUCUGUUCUCGAACCUGGACGAGAUGUUGGAUAUUCAUUCUGGCUUCAAUCAGGCGAUGAAGAACAAGAAGAAAGAGAAUCCUUGCGUCGGUGACGUGGGUGACCUCCUCCUUGGCAUGUUCGACGGUCCGGCCGGUGAAGCGUUCGAGAGAGCGGCGUCGACGUAUUGCGCAAAGCAGCAGGUCGCCUUGGACGCGCUUAGGGAUCGUCGUAAGAAGGACCCGAAGCUUCACGCCUUCCUCAACGAAGUCGAGGCGAAUCCAUUGUGCCGGAGACUUCAGCUCAAGGAUCACAUUCUGACCGGAAUGCUUAGGCUGACGAAGUACCCUCUACUGUUUGAAAAUUUGGCCAAAUACACACCGGCCAGCAACGAAAAGGAGAAGGCUGCUGUGCUUCGGAGUCUCGAGAGGAGCAAAGAGGUUUUAAAUCAGGUCAAUCAAGCGGUGAGAGUCGCGGAGGACUACCAUCGCCUCGCCGAGAUACAGAGGACCAUGGAUCGGUCGGCUUUCGACAAGUUUGAUCACUCGACGGUUAACGAGUUCAGAAAUCUCGACAUUACCAAGAGGAAACUUAUUUACGAGGGCCCGUUGCAGUGGAGAAUGGUGAAUCGUGCGAAGCCCGUCGAUCUACACGUCGUUCUGCUCGACGACACGAUACUCCUGCUUCAUAGACAGGAUGAGAAGUAUUUACUAAAGUUUAUAAACACGAAUCAAGUGAACUCGGUUCUAAGUCCGAUUGUCAAAGUUUCUACCGUCCUUGUGCGGCACAAUGCUGUCGACAAAAAUUCCCUCUAUUUGGUAAACACGUCUCAGAGCGGUGCCCAGAUCUAUGAACUAGUCGCCAAUUCACCCGCCGAAAGAAAACUUUGGUUCAAACACAUUACCGAGGCUUGCGAGGCGUUCAAAACUCGCGAUCGGGAAGGCAGGAGGCCCCCGCAUCCCGUUCCACCUGUCGAAGAACCCUCGCCUCUAGUCCAGGACACGUCGACCGUUGAGAAUGAGGCUAACAGCAGUAAGGGAGACCAGGAAGAACCUCAACCGGAGGAAGUUACGCCCGAGGAACCUGCGACCAACGUCGAACAUCGAGACGAGGAAGAAAACUCGAAUGCACCAGUGGAAGUGCCGACCGAAACUGAAAAGCUCGAUCAACCCGAUGAGCCGGAGCAGGAACGACAAACAGAGACAACUGAACAACCUCAGCAAGCCGAUCGAGAUUCUGUCAACACGAUCGUUACGAUUGGCGCGUGUGGAGAUCCUUUGCGAUUAGUCACCUGCACUCAGUCAUCCCUCAUAGAACCGGAUGAAGUACGAGUCGAGGUGCGGCCCAUACAUCUGGCUGAGCCAGUUCUCACGCCAAUCGAAAGUCUACGGCGCAAAGAUGCUCUUAUCAGAGACGCCUUGAUGGAAAAGCAGGCCUUGGUUGCCGACAUUUUGAACGUCCCCAGAGAAGACUUCGAACAUCUCGCUGAUAUGGCUUCGGAACCAUCCGGAAUUCAAAAGGAGCCGACCGAAUUAAUACUUGCUGCUGUUAGCCAGGCGAAUCAAUUGAUGGAAAUGCUUAACUCCGCAUUGAACGUGACCGAAACUGAGACGGUACUCGCUUCUCGGGGGGCCUCCAUUUCGGCGGUUGGAAGUUGCGAAUCACCUGGUUGUCCAGCGCCUCGACCACACUCGCUUUCCCACCACCCGUCGAUACCAGUCGCAAGCUUACAACCCGUUUGCAUCUCACUGGCUUCUCAGCUCUCGCAACUUCUGGAAAUUGUCAAAGACAGGGAAGAAGAACGUGAAAGAAUGCGACGCGAAUUACGGAGGAGUAGGGAAAAACUCCACGCUAUAGAUGCGGACGCUCAAAGACGUGGUGUAUUGCAAAAUUUAAACACCUCCACGCAUACCCAAACCGAUCCCAGUGAAUCUUUGAACGGCGAAGGGUUUGUGGAACUUAAUUUAGAUGAAUUUGUCGAUGCCUUUAGUGACCCGGAACCGGAUCUCGACUCAACACAGGCACUGGGAGAGCACCGAUUAACGGAAAUUGACGUUGAGGAAAACCCGCACGGAGUUGGAGAUAGUGUGGGUUGAACGGACUGAACAAAUCUUUAGAGUUAACGUUAAUCUGGUGCACUUUGAGAGCGACUCAAAUGAAAAUCCCUCGAGGGCUCGAUACAGAAGAAAAUCAAAAUUAUGUAAAAAAAAAAAAACAAAAA